GUUUAUAUAACCUAUAAUCUCAAUAUGAAUUUUGGGAAGUCAUGCUGCCACGGGCAACACAACUUGUCUAACAUUUUAGCCUAGUUUCCAUUAUGCUGCUCAUGAUUCUGUCUGAAUUCUGCCAGGAAAGUUAAUGCUGAAUCUUUUCCUAAGAUGUUCUGCACUACCAACAAGAAAUAGCCCCAAGUAAAGUAAAUAUACUAGUGUUCUUCCUAAGAACACUGAAACAGGUUUCCAUAGGCAGUUAAAUUGUUGCUUCUCUAGAUGAUUGGAGUGAGAGACUCUGGCUAUUCUCAUGGGUAACUUGUCCGCUGAGAUCUUUAUGUACGUUCAAAUCCUUCAAUUAUUUUUGGUUUCCAGUCAUUGGUCUCCAGCAUCCCAACAUGACUCUAUUUAACAUUAUAUUAGAGGUUCCACCCUGUGCAUCUGCCUUUUGGUAUCAUUUAUUAAUCUCAGUGUAAAAGGUUGUCCAUUGUACUAAGUGGCCUUAUUUCAUACUGGUAUAUGACUCUGAGCCUGCAACAAUGGGCAGAGAUAAAACACCCAGCUAAAAAUGAUGUUCAUUGUAGGACUUGCAAUUUGAAGAUGUCAACUGAAAGUGUGUCAUCUUUCUUGAAGAGCAAGAGAACUUGGAACCUUUUGACUACUACCUGAGACAGAGCUUUUUCUAAUGGUAUUUAUGCAUUAUUCACGAAUGAAUUUCCAAUUUUAGACUUAUACUCAAGAUUGACUAUCUCUUCUUUUCCAGAUGCAAGGACAUCUUGUGAUUCCCAGAGAAUACUGAUGGAGAAUUGUACAGAAGUUACAAAGUUCAUUCUUCUAGGAUUAACCGAUGCCUCGGAACUACAGGUCCCCCUCUUUAUCUUGUUUACCCUCAUCUACCUCCUCACUCUGUGUGGGAACCUGGGGAUGAUGCUGCUGAUCCUGCUGGAGUCUUGUCUCCACACUCCCAUGUACUUCUUUCUCAGUAAUCUGUCUCUGGUGGACUUUGGAUACUCCUCAGCUGUCACUCCCAAGGUCAUGGCUGAGUUCCUUACAGGAGACAAGGUCAUCUCCUACAAUGCAUGUGCUGUUCAGAUGUUCUUCUUUGUAGCCUUGGCCACUGUGGAAAAUUACUUACUGGCCUCAAUGGCCUAUGACCGCUAUGCAGCAGUAUGCAAACCCCUACACUACACCACCACCAUGACAGCCAGUGUAUGUGCUUGUCUGGCCCUAGGCUCUUAUGUCUGUGGCUUCCUAAAUGCCUCAUUCCACAUUGGGGACAUAGUCAGUCUCUCUUUCUGUAAGUCCAAUCUGGUACAUCACUUUUUCUGUGAUGUUCCCGCCAUCAUGGCUCUGUCUUGCUCUGAUAAACACAUUAGUGAGGUGAUUCUGGUUUUUAUGUCAAGCUUCAAUAUCUUUUUUGCUCUUUUAGUUAUCUUGAUCUCCUACCUGUUCAUAUUCAUCACCAUCUUGAAGAUGCAUUCAGCUAAGGGACACCAAAAAGCGCUGUCUACCUGUGCUUCUCACCUCACUGCAGUCUCCAUCUUCUAUGGGACAGUCAUCUUCAUGUAUUUGCAGCCCAGCUCCAGCCACUCCAUGGAUGCAGACAAAAUGGCAUCCGUGUUCUAUGCUAUACUCAUCCCCAUGUUGAACCCUGUGGUUUAUAGCCUGAGGAACAGAGAAGUCAAGAAUGCAUUCAAGAAAGUGUUGAGAAGGCAAAAAUUUCUGUAAGAGUGGAAUUUUAACAUUGCUGUAUACACAAAAGUGUUUCACUCAUCCCAGACCUUCCUCAUGCAAUGAGUUACAUUUGAAAUGCCGCAAUACAUUUGUUUAUGAGGUGAUAUUCUUUUGAAUUGAUAUUCUUAGAAGUCAAUUAUUUAAUAAAAAGAAAACAUUCUCAGAACUGUAACACCUGAAUGUGGAAGGCUAAAGGGAAUUAUUAGAAUUUUUGGAAGGUGCUGGUCACAGCUUACUAAUGACAUUUGGUUUACUCACUUGUUCCACUUGCAUUUUCUCUACCACAUUCCAAUGCAAACAUACUUGUUAAACAGGAACACCAGACAAGUCUUCUUGUGGGCACAUUCUCAUCUUGUUGGAGAUCUUAGAGGAAGAGCUUUCAACUCUUUCUCAUUCAAUAAAUGCUGGCUGUGGAUUUAUUACAUGUUGCCUUUGUUAUGUGAAGGUAUAAUCCUUCUAUUCCUGAUUCGUUGAGGUUUUUUUCAUGAAGCAAUAUUGAAUUUCGUCGAAUGCUUUUUCUGCAUCUAUUGAAAUAAUCAUGUUUUUAUCCUUUUUUUGAUAAUAUGAUAUAUCACAUUUAUUGAUUUGCAUAUGUUAAACCAUUCCUGCAUCCCUGGAAAAAAAUCCCACUUGAUCGUGAUGAAUGAUCUUUUUGAUGUGCUGUUGAAUUUUUAUUGCUAGGAUUUUGUUCAAUAUUUUUGCAUUUACAUUCAUCAUAGAUAUUGGCCUGUAGCUUUCUUUCUUUCUGAGUCUGGUCUUGGUUUUAGGGUAAUUAUCACCUCAGAGCAUGAAUUUGGAAGUGUUCCAUUCUUUUCAAUUGUUUUCUAUAGUCUGUGAACAGUUACAAAAACUUAUUUUUUUGGUAGAAUUCAUCAGUGAAGCCAUGAGGUCCUGCACUUUUCUUUGAUUGGAGACUUUAUUACUGAUUCAAUUUCAUUAAUUGUUAUUGUUCUCUUUAGAUAUUCUAUUUUUAAAAUUCAACCUUACUAGGUUUUCUAUUUCCAGGAAUUUAUCUAUUUAUUCUAGGUUUUCCAAUUUGUUGAAAUACAAUUGUUUAUAGCAGUUUUUUUUAUCAUCUUUUGUAUUUCUUUAGUAUCAGUUGUAAUAUCUUCUUUUUCAUCUCUGAUUUUAUAGGUUUGCUAAUGAUUCUGAUUUGAUCAUUCCACAGUGUACACAUAUAUUGAAAUAUAAUUUUGUACCCCUUAAAUAUAUACAAUUAUUGUUUUUUGAUUAAAAAUAAAACAAUAAAGAAUAAUAUAUGUUGAGACAAAUGAAAACAAAAACACAACAUACCAAAGCUGAUGGGAUGUAGGAAAAACAUUACUAAGAAGGAAAUUUCUAACAAUGAGUGACUAUAUUAAAAGAAGAAAGAUUCCAAAUAAACCACCUAACUGUAUACUUCAAAGAUCUAGAACAAAUUAAGAUAAAAUUUCGAAGAAGGAAGGAAAUAAUACAUAUGAGAACAGAAAAGACACAAGAACAGAAAAUGAAACACCGCAUAUUCUCACUCAUAGGUGGGUGAUGAAAAAUGAGAACACAUGGACACAGAAAGGGGAGUACUAAAC